UCCAGCCAUGCCGUGCAGAAAUGCCAGCUGGGUUGCUGGGCUGGUGUGUGCUUUUAUCAUGAUGUUAGGACUUAUGGGACAACCUGUGGACAACAAGUGGAACAUGUCAACAAUCACUCCAGAGAUGGAAGAGGUGCUAAGUGAGGCGUGGAUGCCAACACCUGCACCCAACAUGGAGAGGGAUUCAACAUUCACUCUCAAGCAUUAUGUACGUCAGUCCCAGUCGUUGUCUACUGGGGAGAAAGAGAUUAUCCUGGAGAGGAAAGAAGUAGUUCUGAAGUCACUCAACAGGCUGGGAAUCAAGUGUACACUGGAUUUGGUCCCCCACAUCGCAAUGUUGGGGUCAGGCGGAGGUCAGAGGGCAGCUGUGUCUCUGCUGGGUUCCCUCUAUCAGAUGGAAAAGGAAGAUAUACUGGGUACUCUGCUCUACCUGGGAGGAAUUUCUGGCUCUGCCUGGUCCAUGUCUUCCCUGUACAGUGACCCUCAGUGGAGCGCUAACAUGGACAGAGCAGUAUCCAGGCUGUCAGGUCCUGGGGUCGGGCUGAAGGAGGCUCUGGCCUGGCUGGCUGAGAGGUCCCAGGAGGAGCACUUCUCUCUCACUGAUAUCUGGGGGAUCAUGACCUCUGCUGGGAUCAUGAAACAGUUGGAUAUUCAAAGUCUUUCUGAGGAUGGCAUAAACGCCAUCAAUCCCUAUCCCAUCUACAACGCAAUGAACAAGAACUGCCUGCAGUAUGGCCCUGAGAAAGGUAAAUGGUUUGAGAUGACCCCCCAUGAGGCUGGAUUCACAGAUUUGGGUCUGUUCAUUAACACAUCUCACCUGGAGAGCAGAAUCCAAGAAGCAGAUCCCAGUGGUAAAAGGCCAGGAAUUGACAUGGUCAAGUUGCAAGGUUUAGUGGGCAGCGCUAUGGCAGAUGAACAGAGUCUGGUAAACCAUAUGCCUGACAGGCUGAAAGGUCUGGUGGGGACUGCAGCUUCUGAUGAAAACAACAUAUUGGAUUUGAUAUUUCUCUGGACUGAAGUACCACAGCAAGUCAGCAGUUUCUGGGACGUCUUGGACCGUUACAUGCGUGGCUACCACAGUCUUUUGAAGUUAACUGAGCUGAUCAGAAAAAACACAAAGGAUCCCGCUGUUCUAUCUGACCUGGACAACCUGCAGAAAACACUGAAAGAAAGUCUAAAUUUCAACCCUACUGCGUCAUUUAAAAAGAAGAGCCCAGAAGAACAAAAGUGGAUCCUUGAACAGUGGCAUCAGAAAAUGUUGGAACCUUUAAAGACUUGGAGCCAGAGUCUGAAUGAAGGACCUGUCAAAGAGAGCGUCUCUUGGUUGAUCCAAAAAGUCUUCCCACUGGUUGGAAAAUGGAAAUGGGGAACAACAAAAAACUUCCUCUACCAAUACCCAGAUGCUGUGGUGCCAUCUUGCAUCAGAUUUGAGGAGCACCUGCAGCUGAUAGAUGCUGGUGUGAUGCUCAACAUGCCCUUCCCUCCUUUCCUGGGAGAAAAGAGAGACGUAGACCUCCUCAUCGCUUUGGAUUAUGGAGCUGAUGACACCUUCAAGAUUCUGACUCUUGCCAGAGACUACGCAGCUGAGAUGAAGAAGCCUUUCCCAGAGAUAGACGACAAAAUCCUGAGGGAGAAAGAGUGGCCAAAAGACUGCUAUGUGUUUGAGGGAAAAGACAAGCAGCCAACUAUCAUUUACAUGCCGCUCUUCAACAAACGGAAUUGCAAAGAUGCAGAGGAGUUCAAAGCAAAGAUGAAGCAGUUCUCCACCUUCCAGCUUCCAUUCAGCCAGGAGAAGAUUGAGUUUUUGUUGGAUACAGCAAAAGCCAACAUAAAGAACAACAAGGCAACUCUGCUGAGGGAGAUUUACAAGGCUGUUAUCCGCCGAUACAACAAGAGCUCCGUCUUCAGGAGAGUCUGACCCCUAAACUUCAUACAGUUUGCAUUGCACAGGCAUUAAGAAAUUUAAGACUAUAUUCUCAAUAUUUGUGUUUCAUUUAUCCCAUUAUUUAGUCAAUGCAUUAAAUAGUUGUAUAUAUUAAUUAAAGAGUUAUUCACUUUUGAAUUUAGAUGUUUGAAACCAUGUUUAUGUCAUGUGUUCACAUGUAUCAUUUAGUGAUAGUAACAUGAAUCAAACACUAGAGGUCUCUCUAUGUUCACAAUGUUUGGAAUGGUAUCUUUAAUGACUUUCUCCUGCAUUAUUUCCAUUAUCAGAACCCUGAUAGAGACAUUCUGGACAAUAUUUUACAGAUUUUGAGAAUAUUUGAAGUUAUUUAUGGUCCUCCAUAUUAUGAAUGUGUUUUUUUUAUCAUUCAAUUUUUCACCUGUAAACAAAAUCUUUAAUUUUCAUUUCUGUCUGCCACAGUGUCUUUUUUUACUCUGAGCAGUGCCAAGGCUGAGAGCUUCAAUUUCUAUGACUGUUUUAAAGGAAUAGUAUAAAUACGCCUGUUUUCUAUCUUUCCAAUAAUAAAAUGAGGAGCUCAAUCUCAUGUCUUCACGUAAAGUAUGGAAGUGGAUUCAGGUGGUGAUUAGUUUAGCUUAACAUAAAGACUGGAAUCGAGAAACAGCCUGGCUCUGUCCACACUCCAAAAUUAAAACUAGCAACACCUCAAAAGAAUAAAUUUUACAGUUGUUGGGUGUAAGAAUAA